AUGAGCAACAAUGUGGAGUUGUUGCGGUUCGUGGCACUUUCUGCCGCUGUGCAUGCCGAUGCGGUUCAGUGUCUAGCCGACGAUACCCGCCGCGUUUUAUCUCAAAUGGCAGUGGACAGUGACCAGCUAGAGGCGCUGGAGGCUCAACUUACCGACCUCCUGCAGAAGCAGCGCCGUCUCCAUACAUUGCGAGAUGCGGUAACUAAAGCAAGGCAGGAACGAAGUGAGGAAAGUGGUAGCGGAUGCAAAAGCAGCGGCAGCCGCGCUCCCAAGUCCACUGCGCCGGUUAUUCCCCCCACCUCCGCGGGCAAUGUCGACCGCAACAUAAAAUGCAUCCUACAAUUUGCGUCUAGGGCCGUGGAAAAAGAUGAGAUACAGCCGAUUGGCACCCGUCGCAGCAAGAGAGUAACAGUUACUCCCACUUCUUUCCUUCCGAAAAUUCCACAUGAGGAACGGACGGAAACCACUUGUGAUAGCACCGAUGGGGGAAGGGAAGAAAAAGAGGACACUGAGUGCACGAUAGACGAAGAAGUGGAGCGCCUGAAGAUGGAGAUUAGGCACGCAGAAGCCAUGUCAGUAGGAAAGAAGCUGCGUGACCUGGAGGCACUGAAGCAGCAGGUGAAAGAAGUUGAUGCUAACUCCCUUGUCCAGCGGUACGUAGGGUCGUUUAGUUUCCCCAUGGAGGUGGAAGAGUUGUGGCGUGGUAAUAAUGUACUGAAUUGUACAAACAUCGACACUUUUGUUUCCGGUGCCUGCAAGCGGUUUGCAGGGCGUUACGAUGAUGCUCUGCGUGCGAUUAGUGAUUUCCCACUGUCGGAGGCAAGCGAUGCGGCGCGUGUGUAUGGCUCAACGUUGUACGCCGAAGAGCUCACUUCGUCGAGCAAUUACGACGCUGUUGGUGUUCAAGUGCUCGAACGGAGUGGCGAGUCGACGCUCCCACAGUUCUACAGAAGGAAACGGCGCUUGGCACGAGUGAGCGCUCCUUUUAGACGCAGGGCUGUGGGUACGGUGCUCGGACCCGAGGAGUUCACUUUUCUUCCGACUGAUUGGCCAGCAACUCAACUGAUUUUACCACCAGCUGAGGGACAUCUGCCCCCUGCAAAGCAUAUCAUGACGCCCCGCUUCUCGUUUGCCAGUACGGAUGAAUUGAAAGCACUCCAGAGCCUUCGUGUAGACAUUCAGCGAAGCGCUGUGGCUGCCUUUAUGGACGCGUCCAAAGCACUUGAUGAACUAAUGAAUCCUACCACAUUACAACGUGAUGGAAUCGACUAUAAGGCAACGCUCAUUCGGCUACUAGAAGCGGAGCGGAAGGGAAGCAGUAGGGUGUGGACCACACUUGCGCGUGAAGGUUGA